AUCUCCUACAACUACAACUACGGCCAGUUCAUGGAUUUCCUGAAGACCAGGAACAUCACUGUUGAUUUACUUAAUGAGCCGAACCUUGUAAGAACCUGGAAUAGCGGAUCCACGAACGCAGCCGUAGGCUACACCGGUCCCAUAUUUGGACCUACAAGCUUGAUCAUUAACAACGAAUGCAAUGGAGAAGAUUUGCAGGAACCAGGAGGUCCCGGAGAAUCUCGUCGCAUCAAAGCAUUCAAAUGGUUCUGCGCUUACUUCGGUGUGCCAGCUGGUGCAGAUAAGCUUUUGAGCUGUAAAGAUAUGCCUGUCAAACUUGAUGCAUUGCGUUAUAACUACAGUUAUCAACCUGAUUGGAGC